AUGAACUCCAACGACUUUGCAAAGACAAACUCAAAAGAAGGGCAUGAGCUGGCUUCUUCACCUUCAGCAAGCCACCUUGAACGUCUACACACUGCAGGCGGACAUGUCGAAGAUCGAAGUCAACCUGCUCUUCCAGUGUAUCAUCGCACAUUUGCGAGUCCCUCCCCAUUGGGACUGAUAUCAUUUGCUACGGAUAUGUUCCUGAUCUCUGUAUUCGGCUUGCACGCCAGAGGAAUCACCGCUCCAAAUGUGAUGAUUGGUUGUUUGAUCUUCUACGGCGGUGUCGGUCAAUUUAUUGCUGGAAUUAUGGAAUUCAUUACAGGGAACACGUUCGGUGCCACCGUCUUUUCAUCCUAUGGAGCCUUCAAUUUGUCCUACGCAAUGAUUUAUCUUCCCGGAACAGGCAUAAUGGCAGCAUACACGGACUCAACUACCGGUGCGGUAGAUGAUAGCUUCGAUCAGGCUCUGGCGAUCUACGUGUGGGCAUGGUUUAUUGUCACGGUAUUGUUCACUAUUGGCGCAAUGAGGUCGUCUUGGAUUCUCUUCCUUGCCCUGGCCUUUUUGGACAUAUGUCUCAUUUUACUGGCGUGUGGCUUUAUGGUCCAAAUGAAUAGCCUUCUUACCGCCGGAUACUCAGUGGGACUACUGGUGUCCGCUCUUGCUUACUGGGCUGGAUGUGCUGGAUUAUGGGCUGGUGGAGUUACGCCAAUCAAUUUGCCUACAUUCAGCAUGUAUUCGGCAGUUUAA